AUGACCAGCUGCCUGGUGGCGAUUCCGUCUAAGUUGGAGGAGUAUCCCACCUCGCUGCACACCCUCCAAACCCAAAUCAACACCAAGAACCCUCCAAACAAGUGGGUUGAAAUAUUCAGCAUUCGGAAUUCUGAAGCGAAUCAUUUCCACCGUCACCACCAAUUCUACGGCUUCAAAAAUCGUAGUCGCCACCGCUUUCACUGCGGAAAACCAAUGGAAAGCGUGGACUCUCCCCCUUUGGAAACAUCCCAAGCCCACCUGGAUGUGUUCCUCUGCCACCUGCUCCAGGUGACUCUGCCUUGGCAGGGGGCUGCACAGGUGAUCUCAACCCUGCGAUUCUGUGAUUCAGCUUCCCACACACACCAGCCGCUCCCACACCUCCUCCGCUCUCCCGCAUCCCGCGGGGGUCCUGCCCCUGACCCCGGCACCUCCCCACAGCGCCAGCCGGACACGCUGCGGGCCCGUCCCUCCCUCCGCGGGUGUGCGCUGCCUCCAGCCCCCAGCGACCCCUCCGUCCUCCGCACCGCACCUCCCGGCUCUCUGCGGCCCCGGCCCUCCCCACGGACCCGCCGCCGCCCCGUCCGGCCGCCCUUUCACCCUCGCCCCUCAGCAGGGGCAAAACCAGCACCGACACCGCACCAAGGAUGGCGGCACGGGCGGAGCCUCCCUCACCCACACGCGGCCCCGGCGGAGCGGCAGCCUCCCUGCCCACCACUGGAUGGAGCCGUGUCCCGGCCAGACGGGGCAGGAAGGGCGUCAGAGAUGCUGAAUCAAAGGCAGAAGGAUGGCUGCAGCCAGGGAAAGAGAGGGUUUGCACCUGGCCCUGCCGUGCCGAGCCCGGCCAGCCCCGGGAGCCGCCCCGCCCGCGCUGUGCCCGCGGCCCCGGCUCUGCCGCGCUCGUCCCGCCGAGUCCGGCCCGCGCCGGGGCCCGAGCGCAGCGCCCCCCUCAGGCCGCGCGCCGCCGGCGCAGCCGCGGCCGUUGCGCUGUGGCCGUUGUGGCGGCACUCGGCGAUCGGCACCAUGGCGGAGCUGCCGCUGCCCGCCGGGCUCUGCGCCAGCACCUUCCCCGCCAAGCUGUGGCGCCUGGUGAACAGCCCCCGCGUCCGCUCCGUGCGCUGGGACAGCCGGGCCCAGGGGCUGCUCAUCGACCGCUCCCUCUUCGAGCGGGAGCUGCUCAGCCCGGGCAACGCCCAGGGGCCGGCCCCGCGCCCCUUCAGGGCCACGCGGUUCCGCAGCUUCGUGCGCCAGCUCCACCGCUACGGCUUCCGCAGGGUGCCGGGCCGGGCUGGCUCAGCUGCGCCGGGCGAUGCCGGGGCCUGGCUCCACUACAGCAACCCCUGCUUUCGCCGCGACCGCCCCGACCUCCUGCUCUGCGUCAGGCGCCGGAGCACGCCCAACAGGCAGCGGCCGGCGGCGGGGCGGGAGGGCCGCAGGCGCCCUCCCCCCGGCUCCCAGCAGCUCCCCGGGGCGCGGCCGCUGCCGGACGGGCAGGGCAGGCACGCUCGCUUCCGGCCACUGCCCACGGAGCGGCCGCCGCUGCCGCCCGGCGCCCGCCCAGCGGCUUCCACCUGCUGCACCGGGACCGGCCCUUGCCGACCCGGUGGGAGGGGCCGAGCCGCUUCCAGGAGCUCUAUGGGCAGCGGCCACCGCCCGCCGAGCAGGAGGUGCUUCAGAUCCCGCCCUCCGACUUGCUCGGUUUCUGCGGGGAGCCGCUGCUGCCGCUCGCGGGGGCGCAGCCCCGCAGCCGCUUCCAGGACCUCUACGGAGAGCAGCUGCCUCCGGUCGACCGGGAGCUGCUCAGGAUGCAGCCCUGCAGCUUCCAGCCUCUCCACAGGGAGCAGCAGCCCCCAGCCUCUGUCCCGCAAGCUGCCUCGGGCACUUCAGCCCCCAGUGCUCCACCUGGCAGUGCUGCAGCAUCAACAGCCUCCAGCUCAGCACAGAAGGCCCCUGGGGAAGAGCAAUUGCCACCAGUGGAUCUGGGCUUUGCCAUAGAGCAAAUGAUUCGGGAGAUCAGGAGGUCCCUGUCUGAAAGGUCUCCCUCUGCUCAGGGGAAUAUUAAUGUUGUCCCUGAGUCUUCAGAAGGGGAGCCUGUGGACCGAGCUGCAGCCGAGGAAACUCCAUCUGGCACCGAGAGCUGCGGGAACAGUUCUCCAGAGCCCGAGGAGCCUGAUCCAGUGUGAUUGACUUCCCCAGGAGGGCUGCCCUGUGUGGCUGGAAGAGACAGAGGGAGAGCCUGUGACCAUCGGGCAGGUAGAAUUCCUCUAUCUCUGGUUAUAUUUAUAGAUGUGUAUAGUUAUUUUUAUGUAUGUAGUUGUAUGUAUAGGUUGAUAUAGUUAUAUUUAUCUAUCUAGAUGGUUAGAGAUCUGUAUAGUUAAUUUAUUUUUAGUUUUAGGUGUAUAUAUUUAUAUUUUUAUAUUUUUAUAUUUUUUAUAAUAUUUAUAUUUUAGAUGUGCACUUUUAGUUAUAGAUGUCCAUAGUUGCAUUUAUACAUGUGUAUAGUUACAUUUACGUGUAUGUAGUUACAGUUAUAGAUAGGCAUCUUUAUUUUGAUGUAUGGGAGUUUAGUUACAUAGAUUGAUGCCUGUAUAGGUAUAGGCCUCUUUUUAACUUCUUCCUCUGCUCUGCUUCCUCCCUCACCUCUUGCUUUUCCUCCUGUGCCCCCUGUGUCCCCUCUCCCUGUGCUGGGUCCGAGCUGGAGCCGGGCCGGGCGGAGCAGCAGUUCCAGCCCGGGUGUCCCUGGAGCGGUGGGAGCUGCCGCUGGCCCCAGGCCCUGUCCCCUGAGGAGCUGCUGAAGGACGCUGCAGUGAAUCAUUGAGGACAGCCGGAGACUGACGGGAUCCAUCAGGGAGAAGCCGCUGGCCAGCAGCAAGAGCAGGGAUGGGGGACCUGCUGCUGCCACCCUGGAGAGAGCCCGGCUGUGCCUUCUGCCAUCCCUGUCCAGGAGAGCUGCUCUGCACAGGAGGAAGAGGCUUUGGAGAUGGGGCAGCUGGGGAGUUCUGUUUAGAGCUAUACAGACUUGCACAUAGACAGGAAUUAUUAUAUAGCUAUGUACAUAUAUGUGUUGCUAUUUGUAUAGGAAUAUUUCUAUAUGUCCUUAUAUUUAUGGAUGUAUGCUAGGUAUAUAUGCACAUAUAUGUUUGUAUUUACAUAUAUGUUUGUAUAUGUACCUAAGUAUACAUGUAUGUUGUAUCUGUUUUUAGUUCUCUAGGUUUAGAGCUGUAUAGGUAUCUAUUUGUAUUGAUGCAGUUAUAGAUAUAUGGCUUUUUAAAAUAGGUAUAUUGGUAUUUGUAUUGGGGAUAUAUAUAUUUUUAUAUGUAUAUUGAUCUAUUUCCAUCUAUUUAUUGAGAUUUACAUAUGUAUCCAAGUGUAUAGCUCUAUGUUUGUAUUGAUGCAGUUGGAUAGAUAUUUAGCUUGGCACAAUGAUAUUUGUAUAUUUAUAGAUAGGUUUGGUUUAUAUAUCUAUUGAUAAAUACGUAUGUAUGUAGUAUGUGAUGUCUGAUCUAUAUUUACAUCUGUAGAUUGUUAUACAUGUAUAUGUAUUUAUAUAUAUGUGUGCAUAUAUGUAUGUAUUUAAUUAUAUUUAAAUAUGUAUGGGGGUAUUGUAUAACUCUAUCGAUUGAAUUCUUAGUGCAGGGCUUUUUAGAGAAGGAAUGAAUAUUCUUGUAUUUCUGUAUGGGCUGUACAUUUGUAGUAAUAUGUAAUAAAUUUAAGUUGUUAGUGAAACACUUAAUUGAUUUUUGUGUAUAGUGAGUUGUUGUAGAAGUUGGCAAUAAAUGCAAAUUUUGUUAUCUAAAGUUGGUAUUUGUAUAGUUUUACCUAGACUGGUUGUAAUAAUCUAAUAAAUUCCUGGUUUUAACCUUAAUUGAGGUUUGUAUAGUUCUGUAUUGUCAGUGUGGAUGUAGUAGUUUGUAAUAAAUGACGUUUUCCAACUGAAA